GAUCUACCCUUGGGAAGCUCAAUAACCUUCAUCGCGGUAGUCGUUCUUUUUGUGAACGGGGCCAGGCAUGGUGCGCUUGGGAGGUUUCCGAUGGUCGUCAAGCGGCGUUCUAGAUAUGUGGCAGUUGCAAAGACCGGUGUUUUUUUCGAAACCUUUUCCUCAACAUUGACAGCAACAAAUACUUCCCAGGGCUGCAUAGCUUCAGAAGGUGAUUAUAGCCAUUCUUUUUUUACAAAAAGGAAAAAGUAAAGGAAGUUGCUUCCCAAAAGAAGAAGACAGACAUUAAUAAGAUUGCUAACUGCACAGCACCUGAGGCGUUUGUAUACAACCCAAUCACUGGAGACACCCUUAACCUUGGAGUGUGGUUGAUCAACACGGAUCAAAUUUCCUAGCAAGUUAAGCAUUUUCCACCAUGUGGAAAGCAGUGACAAGUAAAGCGGUCCAGGCACCACUAAGGUGCCGCGCGAGGGCCAUCGAUAAAGUCCUUUUACGUCAACCACACAGAACAUGGCGACUGGCAACAGUAGAAGCAGUUCGUCCCAUGGCUUCAAAGCCCGAGAAGAGCUCCGUGCGCACAAUGCAAACUGUUUCACCCAUGCCAAACUUAGUGGAGAACAAUACCCGUGAUCCUGUACCGAAGCCCAAGGCAGAGGCGGCCUAUGCUGCCAUGGAUGGAAAUGAAGCUGCUGCUUACAUUGCAUAUGCCUUGAGUGACAUUUCAUUCAUUUACCCAAUCAGCCCUGCCACCUCAAUGGGGGAUCACAUGGACAAGUGGUCCGCGGAGUCCAAGAAGAAUAUCUUCAACAGUGUUGUCGAUGUGAACAUGAUGCAGUCGGAGGCUGGUGCAGCAGGUUCUCUUCAUGGGGCUGUGGCAGGUGGUUGUUUGGCCAGCACAUUUACAGCUUCCCAGGGGUUGCUGCUUAUGGUUCCCAACAUGUAUCUCCUGGCUGGAGAGCUCAUGCCUUGUGUGUUCCAUGUUUCCGCUAGGACAGUGUCUAAGCAUGCCCUUUCCAUCUUCAACGAUCACUCUGAUGUCAUGCAUUGCAAAUCGACAGGCUUUGCCAUGCUGGCAUCGAGCUCUGUACAGGAGGUCAUGGACAUGGCUUUGGUGUCCCAUGUUGCCUCAUUAAAGUCAAGGAUACCUUUUCUGCACUUCUUUGAUGGAUACAGAACUUCAGCAGAGGUGUCUAAAAUUCAGCCUAUACCACAUGCUGACAUUGCCAAAAUAUUUCCCUAUGAAGCACAGCAGAAACAUCUGAAAGAAUUUGCUCUCAAUCCAAAUGAGCCUAAGAUCAGGGGUACAGGUCAGAGACCUGAUAUCUUUUUCCAGUCCACGGUGGCUGCCAACAAGUAUUAUUUAGCUUGCCCAGGUAUUGUACAGGAAACCAUGGAUGAGGUGUAUGCUCUGACUGGACGCAAGUAUGACCUGUUUGAUUACCAUGGAUCCCCAACUGCAGACCGUGUGGCAGUAAUAUUAGGCUCAGCAUCAAAGACACUCGAAGAAACAGUAGACUUCAUGAACAGAAAUGGUUCCAAUGUUGGUGUGGUGGGGGUGCAUCUUUAUCGUCCUUUCUCAGAUGAACACCUGUUGAAUGCUAUUCCCAAAACAGCCAGAAAGAUUGCUGUCCUUGACAGGACCAGGGAAGACGGGGCUUUAGCCCAGCCACUUUUCAUGGAUGUAAAUGUAGCUUUCAGUAAUGCCAAUAGGCAAGCGUUGAUCACUGGCGCCACAUAUGGGCUGGCCUCAAAGGAGUUCACACCAGAAAUGGCUGUAGCUGUGUUUGAUAACCUUAAUGCAGAAAACCCCAAGAUGCAGUAUGUGAUAGGUAUAGAAGAUGACGUGACGCACACUUCCCUGCCCUAUGGUGAACCCAUUACCACUGUGCCCCCGGGAACCAAGCAGUGCAUGUUCUGGGGUCUUGGAUCGGAUGGCACGGUUGGAGCCAACAAAGAAGCCAUCAAAACUAUUGGCUUAAACACAAAUCUGAAGACCCAGGGCCACUUUGUGUUUGACUCCCACAAAGCAGAUGGUAUCACAGUAUCUCAUGUGAGAUUUGGCCCUGAGGAAAUCAAGUCAGAGUACAUCAUUCAGUCUGAUGCAGAUUAUGUCUCUUGCCAUCACCCUUCCUAUGUCGAGAAGUUCCAUCAGAUGUUAGAUCCACUGAGUGAAGGUGGCACUUUUGUGCUGAAUUCCCCAUGGACAACAAUGGAGCAGAUGGAAGAAAACUUACCAGCUAUAUUCAAACAGAAGCUUGCAAAGAAGAAGGCCAAGUUUUACAACAUUUCAGCAAACAAAUUGGCACAGAGUCUUGGACUUGGAAAACGCAUCAACAUGAUAAUGCAGACAGCAUUCUAUGAGCUUUCUGGAGUCCUUGAAGUGGAUGAGGCUAUUGCUUUAUUGAAGAAGUCCAUUGAGAAAGCUUAUGGCCACAAAGGUCCUAAAGUAGUGGAAAGCAAUAAGAGUGCUGUGGAUGCAGCAAGGCAGAGCCUGAAGAGAAUUGACUAUCCAGCAUCUUGGGCCCAGGCCACUGAAGGCGGCAAGAGAGGAGAACAUACAAAGGCUACAGAGUUUGUGGAAAACAUCAUGAACCCAGUGCUGGCUCUGGAAGGUGACAAACUCCCAGUCAGUGCCUUUGAGCCAGGUGGCCAUAUGCCCAUUGGUACAACUCAGUAUGAGAAGAGAGGUAUAGCUCCCCAGAUCCCAGUGUGGAAGCCAGAUGCCUGCACUCAGUGCAACUACUGUGCCAUAGUAUGCCCACAUGCUGUUGUGCGCCCUUUCCUGCUUGACAAGCAGGAGACCAAGAAUAUCCCUCCCGGGUUUGAAGCCAGACGUGCCAAAGGAGGUUCUGAAGUGUCUGGUUACCAUUACAGUAUUCAAAUCUCCCCCAUGGAUUGCACAGGCUGUGAGGUCUGCGUGGAGUCCUGUCCAGAUGAUGCUCUCUACAUGGCACCUUUUGAUGAAGUCCAUGAGAAGUACCGUCCACACUGGGAGUAUGCUGUCAGUCUUCCUGAAAAGGGAGAGAUUGGAGACAAGUUCUCAGUCAAGGGCAGCCAGUUCCAGAAACCACUUAUGGAGUUCUCUGGGGCAUGUGCUGGCUGUGGUGAGACUCCCUAUGUGAAGUUGGCCACACAGCUAUUUGGUGACCGUAUGGUGAUUGCCAACUCCUCUGGCUGUUCAUCUGUGUGGGGAGGCACUGCCACCACCAUUCCAUUCACCACCAAUAAGGAUGGUCGUGGUCCUGCCUGGGGAAGGUCUUUAUUUGAGGACACAGCAGAGUAUGGCUUUGGCAUGAAACUUGCCACCAAGAAACGACGUCGUGAUUUGAGAAACAAAAUGCUCGUAGCCAUGGAAACAUGUAAGAUUAGUGAUGAGCUACGUGGGUUAUUUCAAAAGUGGAUCCAAAACAUGGAUAAAAAUGACCAAGUGGAGAUCCUUGCACCUAUGAUGGAAGCUUUGCUGCUGAAAGAGAUGGAAAACCAGCCAGACCUGGUCAAGGUGUAUAAUGACAGAAACCUGUUUAGAACACAGAGUCACUGGCUUAUUGGUGGAGAUGGAUGGGCUUAUGACAUCGGUUAUGGUGGAGUUGACCAUGUGCUGUCCAAGGGAGAGAACAUCAACAUCCUUGUUCUUGAUACAGAGAUGUACUCGAACACAGGAGGUCAGGUCUCCAAAGCCACACAGUUGUCCACUGUCACCAAAUUUGCUGCCUCUGGUAAGAGACAGAAUAAGAAAGAUCUUGGAAUGAAUGCAAUGCUCUAUGAAAAUGUCUAUGUAGCAUCAGUUGCUAUGGGGGCAAGCUACAACCAAUGUGUGCAAGCCUUUAAAGAAGCGGAAUCCUUUGAUGGCACAUCACUCAUCAUUGCCUACUCUCCAUGUAUCGACUGGGGUAUUGAGAUGAAGAAUAUGAUGCAUGAACAGAAAGAAGCAGUUGAUUCUGGAUACUGGCCCCUAUACCGAUAUGAUCCACGCCGCGCUGAAAAAGGAGCCAUACCUUUCCAGUUAGACUCAAAGAAAAUCAAGGGAGAUUUUGAGAAGUACCUACAUGGGCAGAACCGUUUUGAUCAGUUGUUCAGGAAGGAUAAGUCCCUUGCUGAAGGUCUGCAUGGUUCCUUUGAACAUAACACUUUGCAUCGUCAUGAGAAGUUCCAGAAGAUGGCCAUGGAUGAAGUGGAAUAUCUGGAAUACUUGAAGGCCUUGCAUGGGGAGGAGUUAUCUACAGAAAAAUCCAUUGUCCUGUACGGCUCUGAAACUGGAAAUGCUGAGGCAUUGGCAGGGGUGUUUGCCUCUGAACUUUUGAGAAGAGGUAUCAGAGCAAAGUGUUUGGCCAUGGAUGACUUUGAGGUGGAUGACCUGCCGAAGCAUUCAACUGUCUAUUGUGUGGUGGCAACAUGUGGACAGGGAGAGUUACCAGGAAACUGCAGGGACUUCUGGGAGCAGCUUGCAGACAAGGACCUCCCUAGCGACUACCUGGAGAACACAAGAUUUGCAGUGUUUGGCCUUGGUGAUACUUCUUACGUGUUCUACAACGAAGCCGCUAAGAAGUUUAAUAAACGCCUGGAGGAGCUGGGUGGAAAGAGGAUCUUGAAUCUUGGCCUGGGAGAUGACAAGGAUGAAGAGAAAUAUGAGACUGCGUGGAAUGAAUGGUGUCCCAACCUGUGGAAUGAACUCGGCACACCACCACCACCACAAGAACUGCUGCCGCCUACAUAUAAAGUUAACAUAGAUACCACUGGAGAAAUUUCUGCCCCUACAGAAGCCCUCACCCCAGCAGGCUCUAAGAUAAUACCAUUGACCAAAAACGUCCUCCUGACACCUCCGGACUAUGACCGCGACAUCCGUCAUUAUGAGUUUGACCUGAAAGGAUCGGGGAUGACAUACAGCAUUGGUGAAUGCCUAGGCAUCUAUCCACACAAUAAUCCAGAGGAGGUGAAUCAGUUUUUAGGUGAUUGUGGCAUCAACCCUGAGCAUACAGUUACACUGGAGGACACUAGUGGCCGCAAAGAACCCCUUCCUCCUGUCAUCUCAGCUGGACGCCUCUUUGGGGAGGUACUGGAUAUUUUUGGCAGACCCAGCAGAAGGUUCUAUGAGACUAUGAGCAUAGCAGCAUCAGAUCCAAGUGAAAAGAAGGAACUAGAGUACAUCUUGAGUAAAGACGGUGCCGACAAGAUGAAAGAGCUUGUGAAGGAGACAGUGACCUACGCUGAUCUGAUGAAGAAGUAUCCAUCAGCAAAAAUGCCAUUGGAUUACAUGGUUGACCAUGUCCCCCGCAUUAAGCCACGCCUGUACUCCAUAGCCUCGGCCUCCGAGAUGCACGGAGACAUGCUGCACUUGUGUAUAGUGAAGGACGACUGGAACACCCCCUCUGGAAAGUACAGAGAAGGCACGUGUACCAGGUACCUACAACACUUGAGCAGAGGUGACAAAAUAGACCGUGUGGCUGGGAAAAUCAAUGCAGCUGGUAUCAAUAUCCCAGACAACCAUAGGCCGCCAUUUGUAAUGGUUGGUCUUGGCACAGGCCUCGCACCUUUCCGUGCUUUCAUCGAAGAGCGCGAGGUGUCGAGACAGAGAGGUGAAGACGUAGGCGAGAUGGCAUUGUUCUUCGGGGCCCGUUACAAAAGAACGGAUUACACGUAUGGAGAUGAGCUAGAGGAGUACCACUCCAACGGGAAGGGGGUUCUCAGUGUCUUGUCCACAGCCUUUUCUAGAGACCAAGCUCACAAGAUUUAUGUGCAGAACCGUAUCUCUGAACACCCUGAGGUCAUCUAUGACUACCUGGUGAAGAAGAAGGGCUAUUUCUACCUGUGCGGUCCUGCAGGUAACGUCCCUCCACAGGUGCGCAAGGCAGUUGUGGAGGCCUUUGUCAAGUGUGGAGGCCACACGCCAGAGGAAGCUGAUAAAAUGGUGACAGACAUGCAGAUUGAAGGAAGAUACAACAUUGAGGCUUGGUAAAUCGUUUGAGCAGAGACAUUCCCCCCCUUGGUUGAAACUGCGUUGUCUUUGGAGUCCAUAGCAAUGGGAGAGGAAUACCACACAAAUAUACUAAGAUUUUCAGUGAAAGACCAGUUGCAUUAUCUAUUAUCACAAGCUUUGUAGAUGUCCAAGUUGAUGCCAAAGCUUUUUGCCCUUUAAGUAUUCCACAUAGUAAAUCAGUUUAUUGUGAUCUUAAACCCAUUUAGUAUAAUAAUUCAGUAUAAUAAUUGAUAUUGAAUAUAUAAGAUUUCUGUAAAACUGAAGGCAACCAAUUAUCCCAGGAAUAUUGAAUCAUUAAAGUGCCUUAAAUAUCUUGACAAGGGCAGGUGAAUAAAGGCACAAGAAUUGGUCAGAAUCAUUAAUUUAAAAAGUUGCCAGUAUCUAUUUUAAUUAAUAGGUUGUCAGAAGGACAAGUGAUUCAUUGUACUGUAGUGGAAAUAUAAAAUUGUCUGUGAAGGGAUGCCAUUACCUGACACUUACACAGUACAACAAAAUGAGGGAUGAAAAACCUGUGCACGAAUAUAUCAGUAAAUUGUUGUUACUUAAAAAUAACUGUGAAAUCAGGCACUGUUGUAUAGACGAGAACAACAACUGUUGAACAGCCAACUUGACUCUCAGCACAAGUUCGUCAAAACAGGUAAAUUGUACAUAAGGAAUUUUGGCACCAUAAAUGUACAGUUGUUAACAGAUUGUUUCUUAAUACUUCUAUUGCUUUUCCGUUAAGAUUUUUCUUGUUAGUUUAGUAUCGUUUUAGUGCACAGUCUGCAGAAGGCUUUGGUAAGUUUAUUAAAGUAUAAAUAAUAUAUAAUAUGAAGUAUUCACUGCGUAUUCCUCCGUGCUCUGUAGGGUUUGUUAGUUUUGGAGAUAAAACACCACGUGGUUUUGGUUGAUGAAGUGGUCUGUUAAAAUUCCAUGUAAUCUGUGAAUACAUCUUUUCUUUUAAGAGUACUGUUACUUUAAGCACGUGCUGUAUUGUAAAUAUCAGUGUUCAUCCAUUACUAUUUUUGUGCAGGGGGUAGGGAUGCAACAAAUAUUGUUUUUUUUUUUUUUUCAUUUUGUUGAUGUAUAAUUGCUUUUUAUGUAAUGGUAUACACACAGAACUUUGUUGAUUCUUCAGCUGCAUAUGUUAAGAGCUUUUCUCAGAAACACUGUUCCCUCGAUACCUUUGUUUUUGGUGUCGAGGUUUUUCUUUCGUAAAUUGAUCUCUUCAGACUUCUAAACCAAAUGGAUACCAAUAGAUUCUAAAAACUUCUUGUUUGUUAUUAAGAAUAUGAUCUAUAUAGCUAUAUAAUUAACCCGUCUGUGGGUUUAUCAAAGCAGUACAAUACUUAGUUGAUAAAUGAUAUAGCGAAAAAAUUAUAUUUAGCUUUUAAAAAAGUAUUAAUGAGUGUCAAAAUGUAAUUGAGUUGUGAUAUCUUUGAUGCAGCUUAGCAUGACCAAUUUAAAACCGGUUACCUGGACUGCCCUUUUAUUUUUAAUUUGAUUUUUAUUUUUUUCUGGCCAUCAAAUAUGUGUAUUGUGAUCAUUCAAAUAUUUUAAUUUUGAUGCCACUCAGUUUGUUAAGAUUCAGAAAGUGUUAUGGUUAUGGUUAUGAAUUAAGUAAUAUUAAUGGAGUAUAUUAUUAAUGAAGCUAUAAUAUAUUUGAUUAUAAUUAUUUAUUUGAUGAGUGAUUAUCUUUGGCAUAGCAUAAUAUACCAGACAUGGAAUAGAUGACCCUACACAGUCGUAAAGUUAAUGGGACUAGACGUUGUAAUAUCUAUGUGAGAAGUCGAGGUGGUAUAAAGGACAUAUUUGGAAAUAACCACGAUACAAGUCAAGGUGCUAGAAAGGACAGUGGUAUCCACAAUACAAGGACAGUUUGAAAAAGGGGUUGCAUUCAGUGAUAUUGGCGUGAGAACUUGCUUAUGAAUGCCCCAGACUUCCUCUGAAUUUGCCUUUGAUUUCUAUACGUGUGCUUUCUCAGGCCUUGGCUCCAGCAAGUACUCCAUUGAAAACUAUCUUGUGAUUUAAAAAAGAAAAUCUCUGAAGAUUUGAGACAACAAAAAACUGACAGUUUCUUUGAUUUAUUAAAAAGUCUGCAAACAAAACAGUUUUCUGGCAUUGAGAAUUUUUUCAAACUGAAAAACCAAGUAUGUGUUCAUCUUAUAUGAUGUAAACAUAUUUUGCAACAGGUGUUUGCCAAGAAAUUGUAUUUAUUUGAGAUCAAGUUUUUCCUGUUGGGCACCAAUGCUAAAUUGAUGUUAAUUUAUUCAAACAAAUCUCCCAACAAACUUUUUUUCAAAAAAGUCAUUGUAUAAUCUCAGUGUUAGCUAUUUAUUUGAUUUGCUGCCCUGCUAUAUAAUUUUAUGAAUGUGUGAAUAAUUGUAACUGGUCUUAAAAAUCUUAAAUUAAUAUUAUUCUUACUAGGAUGAUUAAGAUACUCCAGAAUGAGUCUGACACCAUAUAAUAUGUCUAGUUAGGUGGUAUAUCUGGAAAUAAAUUAGUUUGUUGA